GUAAAUGUGAAGGUUCAGAUCUGCAAGUCUUAAUGACCUCAUCGUAGCCGUAAAGAGAUGGUUUCUUCUCGUAGAACCCGACUCAAUGGACGACGCAAACUUGGGGUUUUACGGCUGCGAAUGCAUCGAGGAGAUUUAAAGUGCCUACCCGGAUGAGUCAAGGCUAUUUAAACAUUCAGACAUUCCCCAUUCACCUUAACCUCCAGUUCUCUCCUCGCAUAGCGUUAUGCCCGGCAGAUACAUCGCCUCUCAAGAUGGAACUCGCAUCUGGGCUGACGCCGCCGGUACUCCUGGGAAACCGGCUGUAAUUUUUAUUCAUGGCUUACUCUGCUCAAGCUUGAACUGGGUCAAUCAGUUCAAUGACAAGCGGUUGCUGAACAAUUUGUAUAUGAUAAAGUAUGAGACCCGUGGACACGGUCGCAGUGAUCAGCCAAAAUCAGAGGAGGCGUAUGUUUCUGCAAGACACGCAGAAGAUUUUCACGCCGUGUGUACCGCUUUCAAUGUUACUAAACCGGUUGUCGUGAGCUGGUCCCUUGGCGGCCUUAUCGUACCUGACGUCUUGUCUCGCUUCGGUACAUCCCCUCUCCCCGUGGCUGGACAUGUCAUGCUGAACGCGGUCCCGUGGCGCUCUACGUUACCGGAGAUCCUCAGACCGUUCACCAUCGCCGUCCUUCCCUCGCUGUCCUCUCCACAUACCAUCAAAUUCCGGAAUGGACUGAAAGAUUUCGUCACAGCAUUUGUCGCCCCAGACAAUUGUGGAAUGGUUUCUUGUGAGGACCGGUGUGCAUGGAUGAACAAUGCAAUGAAUAUGAGCAUUGCUGCCCGGACUUGUUCCCUUUCGCGGACGCAGGACGAGACGGCUUUGCUGCGGGUAUCGAAGCAAUUGCCGAUACUCUGUAUUCAGGCUACAGAGGAUACCAUGUUUGAAGCAGAGAGGCACGAGGAGAUUAUGAGGCGGAAUUUUGGAGAUAAUCUAGACUAUCGUCGGCUUCCCGGAGCGGGCCACUCUCCUUUCUACGAACUCCCAGAGAUCGUGAAUCCGAUGAUACUCCAGUUUGUACAGCAUCUUUGCUGUAGUACUUAAUGAUGUGGAUUAUUUAUGGCAUGUGAAUUCUUCCGCUG